UCCGACCAAUGCUGAUCAGCAAUUUAGUUUACGUGCCGCGCUCUUCAAGCGCGUGAGUUGUUCUUCUGUAAGUUGUUGAAGAUCACGAAGAUUAAAAAGGAAACAUUCCAAAGAAUACAUUCAACAUGAAAAUUGUAAUCGUAGCGCUUUUUGCCACAUUGGUGAUCCAAAAUGCAUUGGCCGCUGUUAAAGAUGAAAUUAUCGCCACCGAAUAUAUCGAGAAUUUGAACAAGGAGAUCGCUCGUCGCACCAACCUCGAGACAGAAGCCUCCUGGGCAUACGCUUCCAAUAUUAAUGAUGAAAAUGAGCGUCGCAAAAAUGAGGUCUCCGCGGAGGUGGCCAAAUUUAUGAAGGAAGUUUCUAUCGAUAUACGUAAGUUCAAUUGGCAAACCUUCAAGUCGGACAACUUGCGUCGCCAGUUCAAAAUGCUCUCGAAACUCGGCUAUGCAGCACUCAGUGAGUCGGAAUAUGCCGAGUACUUGGAAGUCAUGUCCACUAUGGAGUCUAACUUUGCAAGGGUGCGUGUGUGCGACUACAAGAAUGCUACCAAAUGUGAUUUGUCAUUAGAUCCGGAGAUUGAGGAAAUCAUUACUACUAGCCGCGAUCCGGAAGAGCUGAAAUACUACUGGCGUGAGUUCUAUGAUAAAGCAGGUACCGCGGUACGUGAUGCUUACGAAAAAUACGUGGAACUGAAUACAAAAGCAGCCAAGCUGAAUAAUUUUACCUCCGGUGCUGAAUUGUGGCUGGAUGAGUAUGAGGAUGAGACUAUUGAGAAGCAGCUUGAGGAUAUUUUCGCCGAAAUACGUCCGCUUUACGAGCAGGUGCAUGGCUAUGUGCGUUAUCGCUUGCGUCAAUUCUAUGGCGAUGAAGUUGUGUCCGAGACAGGACCCAUACCCAUGCACCUGUUGGGCAAUAUGUGGGCUCAACAGUGGUCGACUAUCGCUGAUAUUAUCUCACCAUUUCCAAAUAAGCCGCUAAUUGAUGUCACAGAAGAGAUGGUUGCUCAAGGGUACACACAAUUGAAAAUGUUCCAACUCGGUGAUGAUUUCUUCCAAUCGAUGAACUUGACGAAACUGCCACAAGACUUCUGGGAUAAGAGUAUCUUGGUAAAGCCCGAUGAUGGUCGCGAUUUGAUUUGUCAUGCCAGCGCUUGGGACUUCUAUUUGAUUGAUGAUGUGCGCAUUAAGCAGUGUACACGUGUGACGAUGGAUCAAUUUUUCACAGUGCACCACGAGUUGGGUCACAUCCAGUACUUCCUUCAAUAUCAACAUUUGCCUUUUAUUUAUCGCACAGGCGCUAAUCCCGGUUUCCAUGAGGCAGUAGGUGAUGUGCUCUCACUCUCGGUGUCCACACCCAAACAUUUGGAACGUGUUGGACUUCUGAAAAACUAUAAUCGUGAUGAUGAAGCUCGCAUAAAUCAGUUGUUCUUAGCUGCUCUCGAUAAAAUUGUUUUCCUGCCUUUCGCCUUCACUAUGGAUAAGUAUCGUUGGGCUUUGUUCCGCGGACAAGUUGAUAAGAAGGAUUGGAAUUGCGCUUUCUGGAAGUUACGUGAGGAGUACUCCGGUAUUGAGCCACCAGUAGUACGCUCCGAAAAAGAUUUCGAUGCACCAGCUAAAUAUCACGUGUCCGCUGAUGUCGAGUACUUGAGAUAUUUGGUAUCAUUUAUCAUUCAAUUUCAAUUCUAUAAAUCCGCUUGCAUUAAAGCUGGCCAGUAUGAUCCCAACAAUACAGAAUUGCCUUUGGACAACUGCGACAUCUAUGGCAGCUUUGAAGCGGGUCAAGCUUUCAAAAACAUGCUCUCCUUGGGAGCUUCCAAGCCCUGGCCUGAUGCAUUGGAGGCCUUUAAUGGUGAACGCACAAUGAGCGGCAAAGCUAUUGCAGAAUAUUUUGAACCGCUUCGCGUCUGGCUGGAAGAGGAGAAUAAGAAGAAUAAUGUUCAUAUCGGCUGGACGAAAUCGGACAAAUGUGUGUCCUCGUAAGCUCGACCUGUCCUUGACGAGUUAAGGCUAAUAAUAUCAUCAUGUAUUCGGCAUUAUGUUUGAAUAUUUAAAUUUAUUUUCUUUAAAAGAUUUUGAAAAAUUCUAAUUCGAUAAAAAGUCAGUAUUAAAAUAUAAUACA